GACACACUCAACCACGAGCUGGAGAACGAGUACGACAAGCUGUACCCGCAGGAAAGGAAGCUCACAAGCUUCAUUCAGUGGGGCGAGCGCCGGUACAUCUUCACCUACGCGGCGCACGACUACGAGAGCUUUCGCUCGAUCGUGGCCCGCGUCGUGAAGAUGCGCCAGGCCCUCAGCCAACG